AUGUACUGGGCAUAUAUAAGGCGAAAUGUUAGAGGUUAUAGAAAUCAAUCACCUAGGAAUGCAGAAUUGCGUAUGUCUUUUCUAAAUAGUCUGCUAGACAAUGAUGUUAAUUGUAUUAGUCAGCUUAGGAUGGAUAGGAGAACAUUUGAUACUUUAUGUCAGUUAUUAGACGAUGAUGGAUAUGUUAAAAGUGAUGGCAUUGUUACAUUGCAAGAGCAAAAUUGUUUGGGAGCUUUAGAUGGAACUUACAUUAAGGUGAAUGUACCAGAAAUCGAUAAGCCAAGAUAUCGUACAAGAAAGGGUGAGAUAGCCACAAAUGUUUUAGGUGUAUGUAAUCCAAAUAUGGAAUUUAUAUUUGUAUUACUUGGUUGGGAAGGUUCGACUUCAGAUUCAAGAGUACUCCGUGAUGCAUUAAGUAGGCCAAAUGGGUUAAGAGUACCAACCGGUUGUUAUUACUUAGUGGAUGCUGGUUAUACUAAUGGUGAAGGAUUUCUUGCACCAUAUAGAGGAACAAGAUAUCACCUUUCUGAGUGGAGAGAUGGUUGUGCACCCAUAAAUCACGAAGAGUAUUUCAACAUGAAGCAUGUAUCUGCUAGGAAUGUCAUAGAAAGAUGCUUUGGGGUUCUUAAAAAGCGGUGGGCAAUUUUAAGAAGUCCAUCUUUCUAUCCUAUUGCAACACAAAUCAAGAUCAUUACCGCAUGUUGCCUUAUACAUAAUCUUAUUAGAAGAGAAAUGAUAAUUGAUCCUGGGGAAUUUGAGUUUGAUAGGAGUGAAGAUGUUGCCGUUAGUACCGACGAUGACAUUAUAGGAUCGAUUUCUUCCCCGGACCAAUGGACUAACUGGAGAGAUGAUUUAGCUAAGCAAAUGUUUGCUGAGAGGAGAUGUCAUGGACAUUAG